UCGAGUAGAUCGACAAGGCGGGUUUCGCCCUGAUCUCGCGUAUCACACGCUGCUGACUCUCAAGGUGACUUGGCGCACCCCGAAGAACUUGUCGUACAAAGCAAUUGGAAACUGGCUGACGCCGUGACAAAACUACAUUCUGCCUUCCGUUUACAAUGGCCCGCCGGGGACUGCUUAAAGCUGCCUAUGCGAUGAUCUUCGUGCUGGUCAUAGGAUCUGCGAGUCGUUCCUCCAACAAGGAUCCUCACACCUUUGAAGGCCGAGACGUGAUAGUACAACUGUUUCAAUGGCGAUAUAAGGACAUCGCUGAAGAGUGCGAAGAGUUCCUGGGUCCACACGGCUACGGUGGCGUUCAGACGUCUCCAGUCCACGAGCACGUCAUCCUCUUCGGGGACGAGGUGAAAAGACCCUGGUACGAGGGCUACCAGCCAGUCAGCUAUAAAUUGCAGAACCGUAUAGGCGAUGAAAGAGAGUUCCAAGACAUGGUACGGCGUUGCAACAGGGCUGGGGUCAGGAUCUAUGUGGACACCGUGAUCAACCACAUGACGGCAGCCUCGGGGAGCGCGAACGGAACAGCGGGCAGCAGCUACGACGCUGAAGGUCACUACGAGGCCGUUCCUUACAGCCCCGAGGACUUCCACACCAAGCAGCAGUGCGGCAGCCCAUCGGGAAACCUUGAAAAUAUGUUCGACAUAAAUCAGGUCCGCAACUGCCGCCUGGUCGGUCUGAUUGACCUGGACCAGAGCAGGGAGAACGUUCGAGACGAGCAGGUCCGCUUCCUGAACAAGCUCAUCGGCAUGGGCGUGGCCGGAUUCCGCGUCGACGCCGCCAAGCACAUGUGGCCCGAGGAUCUGAAAGUCAUCUACGGCAGGAUGAACAACUUGAGCGCAGAGUUCUUUCCCGCCGGAGCAAGGCCCCUCAUCUACCAGGAAGUGAUCGAUGUCCGCAAUGGCGAGCCAGUCACCCGGGACCAAUACACCGGCUUCGGACGAGUUACCGAGUUUCUUUACGGAGUAAACAUGGGCGCCGUGUUCCGAAAGCAAGACGGGAGACAGCUGAAAGACCUCCGUAAUUUCACGAAGAGCUGGGACCUGAUGCCUUCGGGUGACGCACUGUCCUUCCUGAGCAACCACGACAACCAGCGUGGUCACGGCUAUGGAGGAGACGUGGUGCUGACCUUCUUCGACGCCCGCCUCUACAAGAUGGCCACGGCUUUGCUCCUGGCCUUGCCUUACGGUCUACCGAGGAUCACGAGCAGCUACCGCUGGCAGAGGAACGUCGUGGACGGAAAGGACACCAACGACUGGGUGGGUCCUCCGGCGGAUUCGGAUUGGAACAUCAAGCCGGUUGUCCGCGAGCUCAACGGUACCUGCGGAAACGGAUGGGUCUGCGAGCACAGAUGGCCCGAGGUCUCCAACCUCGUUGAGCUUCGCAAGGUAGCCGGCGAAGCCCCCGUGACGCACUGGUGGGACAACGGUGGGCACGCGAUUGCCUUCGGCCGCCGAGGCCGCGCCUUCGUCGUCAUCAACAACGAAGACCGCCCUGUGGAGAGCGUAUUCCAAACGGACCUGCCACCGGGGCUUUACUGCGACGUCGUGACUGGUGGCAAGGCCCAAAAGGGCUGCAAGGGGAGAUUGUUUCGAGUCUCGGCCGAACAGACAAGCAGGAUCCUCGUCAACAGUGCCUGGGACGUCCCAAUGGUUGCCAUUCACGUCGAGGCACGUCUCUAAGAAUCCAAUUAGUUUCAUAGCCUACGAUGCGAACUAAUGUUUUUUUUUUUUAGAAGCCAGUUAGCCAAGCAUGUUUCAACUCUCUUCCAUUGAAAGAAAAAGAGAGAUUCUUGUCGAAAGAAAACAAAACACUUGGCUUACGAAAUAAAUUCCGGCAUUCGUUGUUAAUAAAA